GGGGCUGCCCCGUGCUGAAGGGGGGAUGUGGAAGCUUCACAGCGAUGGGGACACGGCGGUGUCACCCCACAGCCACCCCAGCACCUUUCCUUGUCACCAGGGUGUCCCCAGGCUGUGUCUCCUUCUCCGUGUGCCGGGCCCGUCCCUCACAGCCGGGCUGCGAUGGCGGCCAGCCGUGCGCUGAGCAGUGCCCUGCGCCUCCUGGCCCGGUCCCGGCCGCCGCUCUCUGCCUGCACCCGCAGCAAUUCCAACCGUGCGGCCAUCGGGCACCUGCAGCGGCAGCGCUACGGCCGCCUGUACCCGCUGCUGCUCGUCAGCACCGACGGCUCCACCGUCCGCCUGCGCUACGGAGAGCCCAAGAGGAUCCUCAUGAUGCCCCUGGACAGCAACACGCUGCCCGAAGCCGAGCGCAAGGCUCGUCUGCGCCGGCAAUUCCCCAGCAAACCUAAGGCCAAGGAGGAGGAAACCUUCGAGGGCAUCGACCUGGACACCUACAAGAAGUUCUGGAAGAAGUGAAGCACUGAAAGCAGAAGUGUUUAAAUGUAUAAAUAAAUGUAUCAAUAAAUGUAUAAAUAAGUACAAGUCCA